CUCCCUCAGCCCCCCCAAGGGCUAACUGACGUUGUUGCACUCAGAGGAUGCGUACCCAGUGUCCCGAGAAGCAGCCUAAGGACGGACGGUCACUCACUAGUCAGAUCCUACUUCCCACAGAGCUCGCACAACCCCACUUUGGAUGUGUGUGCCGGGGCAAGGCUCUCCUGGGAUUCUAGUCAGGGCAGUACUGCAGCUGGUGGAAGCUUCUGGUAGUAGAUGUUUCCACUGCCUCAGAAUCUGGUCCGCCAGCUGAGGCUGUCCAGAGAGAAAGGGAAGCACAUUCCUUCCUGCAGAAACAAGACUCCCUGGCCGCUGGGCCAGGCACUUCAGUGGCAACAGGAAUGGAAGCUGUGGUGUGUUAAAACAAGAGGUUGGGUUAAAGUGUAAGGCCAGAAAUGCCCCAGAUAAUUCCGUCAUAACAAAGGACACUGGGAGGUCCAUGGGAGGUGGGGGCCAGCCGGUGCCGGAAAACAGCUCGGGCCCUUGGGGGAGGUUUCUUGGCUGGAGAGUUCUUGUUUGAAACAAGGAGGAACAAGGCCCAGGACACCAGAGCCACAGGCAGGUCUGGGAUAAGGGAGCAUCCAGAGCCCUUGUCACAGGUCAUGUCCCAGGAAGGAGGCGACGAGCAGCCGGGAGAGGUGGAGAACUCCUUGAGGUUGUUUCUCCAAGGCCUUGACUUUUCCACCGCAGAGCAGCAAGCACUUGACCAAGGGUUGAUCAGUGGCUUCAGCACUCCGUGUCCACCUCCGGACAGCCAGCUAAGCUCCACCUCAGUUCACUGACCCGGGAAGCAAGCACUGGGAAUGCCAGCCCAAGUGGCACGGGCUGGUGUUGAAGAUGAAGUCACCUGAGCAACAUGAAGCACUGAGAACGGCCUGGCACAGGUCAGCUCUCGGGGGAUGUCAGCUCCUGUUGUCACCAUCAUCAUUGUUGGCAGCAAGGCUCCCUGACUCGUUGGACCUCCACUGCUCCUUCCCUGGGUUCAGUCGGAGGGACAUGUCUAUAUACCACACUGGGAUGGGGACUUGAAAGAGAGUUGGGUCUGGCCAGGACUGCUCACUUCCUCUCAUUCAACAGAUACUGAGAACCCACCUGUGCCAGGCACACUCAGUGCUAGAGAGUCAACAGCAAGACAGAAUGAGAGCUUACAUUCUAGGAGGAAGGCCCGCAAGAGAUCCAAGAGAAUAAUUAUAAUGACAUGUCAUGGUGAGCACUGUCAAGAACAGUCAGGAGGUGGAAAGUGACCAGGUCCAGGGAGGCCUUUCUGGGGAGGUGUCCCUUGGGCAGAGUCCUAAAGGAAUGAGUAACCCACACAAGUAGAGCCAAGGAAAGAGGGCCUGAAACACAGCAGACAGCAAGCGUGGAGGCCCAGAGGCCGGGGACAGCAAGCGUGGAGGCCCAGAGGCUGUGCACGCUGACCAGAGAUGCAGAAGAGCCAGCAGGACGGGGGAGGAGCCAUCUUCAGUCCCCUCAGCCACUCCAGCUGCUGAAUAAUGCUGUUACAGUUGUGAAGAAAUUUUUACCUACGUGAGCUCUUCUGACCUUGAGAUUGGCAGGGCACAUGACACGCCCGUUUUAUGAAAGAGGACACUGACAUGUCCAUUUGAUGAAGGAGGAAGAGUUCAGCUCCUCUGCUCAAGCCCAGGGCCUUGUCUCCGCAGCGAAGCCUGCCCAUGCCCCGGUCUUUCCUUUGCCAUGCCACCCCAAACUAGAAACAGCCCCACUCCGGAACCCUGGCCCAUCCACUCUUGGCUUGGCUGUCUGUGAGCCUAGUGCAAAUGGGGGCAGUGUCACUGUCUCCUGACACCAUUCAAAGGGCCAUAGGGCAGUGUGCACCUGAGGGUGGAAUUUGAGGACCAGCUGGCUCCUACUUGGUACUGCAGUUAAGAGGAAAACACUUGAAAUAUCCCUAAUGGAGUUAGUUAUUUGAAUUUGUUCCCGUUUAAUGCCAGUUCCUAAGCCUCAGCCAGUUACUGAUGUGUAAACAAACACCUUUCCUACCAAGCACUGAUCACAAAAGGAAAACACUCCUUCCCUGGGAGCCGCCGCCACCACUACCACCACCGUGCCCUGCCCUGUCAAAAUCUGCUGUGAAGAUAUCCGUGGAUUUACUCUCCAAUCCCCUCUGUGAACAAGACCAGGACCUUCUGAACAUGGUGACAGCCCUGGAUACUGCCAUGAAGCGGAUGGAUGCCUUCAACCAGGAAAAGGUGAACCAAAUUCAGAAGACUGUGAUCGAGCCCUUAAAAAAGUUUGGCAGCGUCUUCCCGAGCCUCAACAUGGCUGUGAAGCGGCGGGAACAGGCCUUGCAGGACUACAGGAGGCUGCAGGCCAAGGUCGAGAAGUACGAGGAAAAGGAGAAGACGGGGCCAGUGCUGGCCAAGCUCCACCAGGCACGAGAGGAGCUGCGGCCCGUGCGGGAGGACUUUGAAGCCAAGAACAGGCAGCUGCUGGAGGAGAUGCCGCGCUUCUAUGGCAGCCGCCUUGACUACUUCCAGCCCAGCUUUGAGUCCCUCAUCCGAGCGCAGGUGGUAUACUACUCGGAAAUGCACAAGAUCUUUGGAGACCUGACCCAGCAGCUUGACCAGCCAGGCCACUCGGACGAGCAGCGGGAACGGGAGAACGAGGCCAAACUCAGUGAGCUGCGGGCCCUCUCCAUUGUGGCUGAUGACUGAAAACCCAUCACUCGGAGGACUUCUGUGACACGGUCAGCCUUGCUCGUUCUUGCCCUUCUCAGGGCUAGGGUCCCACUCUUCCCACAGGCUGGGGACAGAGGUGGCCCUGGUUCACUUGCCAGCCCUUUGCAAUGAGUGACUCUUCCCGAGCCCAGCAUCAGAAGCCUUAGGCAGGCCGCCAUCUCCCCAUUCACAGCCCCAGCAGGUAAGCAGUGUAGACAAACCCUGGGGGCUUUCUUAUUUGGAGAACCGUCCACUGUGCAUCCCGGCUCAUGGCCUGAGCAGGCGGCAGCCCUUCCAAGGGCAUGGCCUUCGUUGGCUCAGGUGGGGGUCUUAGCCCUGCAUGUGUGGUGGGGAGCAAAUCUACCUCCAAAGGACUCAUCCUGGGGAGCCUACUGGCCCCUUGUUGCCUUUUCACUUCAAAGCUGCUUUUUUCUGGGAGAGCCCCUGAGCCCUACCAGGGCGAGCUGGUCCUCCAGCCCUGGCAGGCCCUCAGCCAGCUUCCCAGCAAGACAAAAGCUACCCUCGUGGCUUUGGGACCCACGUCCCAAGUCCCUGGGGUUCCCAAGGUAACAGAACUGUUACCUCGGGAACUCAAACUGUCAGCGCAACUGUCCCAUGUUAAUUCUUAGGCCUCAAAGCAAGAACAUUGGGUUUGUGUCUCACUGGAAUAUCUGGAAUUUUAUUUUUUCAAGUAAAGUUUUAAAUGAAACGUCCA